UAAAAGGGGGAGAUACACAGAAUGAAAAAGGAAAGGAGAGGAGAGAAAACAGGGGUACAGAGUAUGUAGAAACACAAGAUGGAUAAAAUUGAUGGGAAGGUGUUGCCAUUUAGGCAUCCAAGUAUCUUCAACAUCAAACAAAACCCCUCCUCUAAGUUUGAUUAUCCUGCACAUUAUUAUAUAUAUAUUCUAAUUAUCUAUCUUAUUCAUCCCACAAAUCAUGAAUGUUUCCCUCUUCUCAUGAGACAACAUUCAUGAUUUGUCAACAUUCUUUUCACUUGCAAUAUCAAAUUAUAAUUACUAAAAAAACAUCUGUCCCUUUUUCCUUGUUAAUCUAAGAUCCUAUUGCAUCAUAGGCCAACAUUCCCAUAAAUCAGGUCAUUUCCUUGGAGAAAUCUGCAGUCUCGAUUGGGUCGGGAUCGGGAUGGAAUGGCAUUGAUUGAUAUCCUUCAAUAUACUCGAUUUCCUUGAGAAUUUUGCAUGAUUAUAAAACGAAAAAAGAAAAAAAAAAGGAAAAAUGGGUGCUUGCUGUACCUGCCAAAGAGUUAGGAGGUAUGAUGGUUAUGGACUUGGAAAUGUGAUAAACACAGAUGACAGGGAGAUAGAAGAUGAACAUGAAGGAGUUGUGGGAAGGGGAGAUUUUGGGGCAAGGGUUAGGUUCCAUGGAUCUUCUAGGUUUGUUUCCAUGUAUUCUCAGCAAGGCAGAAAGGGUAUUAAUCAAGAUGCCAUGACGGUUUGGGAGCACUUUGGAGGAGAAAGAGGUUCAUACUUUUGUGGUGUGUUUGACGGACAUGGACCAUCCGGUCACAGGGUCGCGCAUUACGUUCGUGAUCGCUUACCAUCGAAGCUAUCGAUAGCGUCAAAGGACACCGACGGGGAGGAGAUUUUGGAGAAAGAUGUUCUUGAAACUCCAUUGUUUUCUAGAUGGAAAUCAAACUUCCAAAAGUCCUUCCGAGAUAUGGAUAAUGAACUUGAAGGUGAGGGAAGGAUUGAUAGCUACUGCAGUGGUACAACGGCUGUUACUUUAAUUAAGCAGGGUGAGCAUUUGAUACUAGGGAAUCUCGGGGAUUCUCGGGCGGUAAUGUGCACCAGAGAUGACACAGAUCAGCUUGUUCCGGAACAACUGACAGUCGACUUGAAGCCUAACCUUCCAAGUGAAUCUGAACGUAUUAAAAAUAGUCAAGGGAGAGUAAUGGCAACCGAUGAAGAACCAAAUGUCUAUAGGGUGUGGAUGCCUGAUCAAGAUUGUCCAGGACUUGCCAUGGCUAGAGCCUUCGGAGACUUUUGUUUGAAAGACUAUGGUCUUAUCUCCUCCCCCGAGAUGUACUAUCGAAAGAUCUCUGAGAGGGAUGAAUUCGUUGUUUUAGCUACCGAUGGUGUGUGGGAUGUGCUAAGCAAUUACGAGGUGAUUAGAACGGUUGCUUCAGCAGGGAAGAGAUCAAUGGCGGCACGAAUGCUAGUCGAGACGGCGGUUCGGGCAUGGAAACACAAAUACCCAUGUUCCAAAGUUGAUGAUUGUGCAGUCAUUUGUUUAUUCUUUAAACGCCCUAGGCCCAUGUUAACGAAAUCCAUGUCCGAGGUAGCUCAACUUAGCAUGAGCUUCCCACCGCAAGGUGGUAGUAUUGAUAACUCCCCUAUCACUGCCCAGACGGAUGACGGCCUUGACACGCUACUUAAUUAUAAGAUUAAUAAUGAAGAGGGAGAUGAAGUUGCUGGAGGUGGCAAUGGUAGAGGAGAGGGUGAGGAAUGCCAAUGCCGCCAUAGAGUUAGAAAUCGACCAAUACCGAGCCGAAAUUUUGAUUAGUGUCUUGUGUAAAUGUAAAUCUUCCAUAUUUUCUGUUCGAGGAGAUCAAAAUGGUGCAUUUUGUGCUCAAGAAGAUCACAAUCGCGAAAUUGUUCCAGUUUUGCUCCAACGGCUACAAUUUGUUUUUGUUUUUUGCAUUUGGUGCCAGGAUUUUAUUUUAUCUUUUAGUCAAUCGGAUCACAUUUCCAGCGAUAGUUGCACA